AUGCCAGAAUCCAGCGAGGCAAAUGGGGGGCACCAGUCCCCGCAGGGAAAGGAGACCCCCCCCAGCCCCAGCCCCUUGUCGCGGGAGCGGCGGGGGGGGGGCUCCUGCCUCCAAGGGCCCUUGGCCCAAGCUGGACGGCUCCAAAAGCCCAUGCGGGAAAGACCCCUGCCCGGUGGGAGGCGCUCCCUGGUGCAGCCCCCGAGUCGUGGGCAGUCGUGGAGCCCGGCCCGAAACGGGGGUCUCGCCUGGGAGGGGCCCCGCAGCGCCUGCCUGCCCCCCCCACGCCCCCCCCCCCGGUCUUUCUGCCGGCGCGGACCCUGUUCCCGCGGCGCCGACUGGCGGUCUCUGCAGGAACUGCAGGCCUCCAGCCCGGCGCGAGGGCCCGCCUUCUCGCCCCACGUGGCCCCCGCACGUGACUCCUGUCCUCACUCCUAUUGGCUCGCUCGCUCGUCUUCGCCCUUCGGGGCCCGAGGCCCGUCUGCGCGUGGUGACGCCCGGGGCGGCGGGUGUGCGCGGGGCCUCCCCCCGUUGCCAGGGCGACGGCCGGCGUCCGGGUCCCGCCCCUUCGUCUCGCUUUCCAGCAGAAGUCCCGCGAGAGGAAGGCCUGGGCCGAAGCGGCCGGCCCACACGCGUCUCCCGCGCGCCCGUGGGAAGGCGCGACACGUGUGCCCCCGGCCCCGCUGGGAGCGCCCUGAUUGGCGGAGGGCGACGGGGGCGGGCUCGGGGUCGCCCCCGUCACGUGUCUGCGGGGCGGGCCUCGACCGGAGCCGCCCGCAAGGGACGCUGGAGCGGGGUGCGACUAGAUGGCCUCUGGUGUGCCCCCGGUCUGGCCUGCCGAGGCCGAAGGAGCGCUGCCCGCUGGGAGGGAGAGCCGGCCCGCGGCCCGCUGGGGGCAUCCAGGCAGCGGCAGAGCCCCCGGGAGCCCCCCCCUCCGCCACACGCCCAGCGGGGGCCUCGGUCAGGGACGGGUUUCGGUCGGAGGAGGCCCUCAGCUAUUGA